GCUACAGACAUUAAUAAAUUACAACCUUAGAUUACAACAUGGAGUGAUUACAACACACCAUUUAAAAAAAUAAUCUCUGUUCACUAUGAAUUAAAUCCAUAGCAACAGAAAAACAAUUUGAUAAACUGCAAUUUGUAUUGACAGACAUUUACACAAAGGAUCUAAUAUUAAUACUUGAAAAGCAUGAUGGAAGCAAAUAAAAUUGAUGAAGAGGCACAGGCCGAUAUACCUGAACCCAGCAAAGAAGAAGAAACAAUAAAGAUAAGACCGCUUGAGCGCAUAAAGCUACACCCAAAAGCCCCUAUAGAACCUUCGGCCUAUGGAAAAGGAAAAAACUUUAGCCGUCCAUGGAUACUUCAGGACGGACGAGAAGUCCCUGGUGUAGGCAGUGAAAUGCGUGACUGCUACAAAGUCCCCAAAAAGUCUCAGCAUAGUGAAGGCAUUCGAAAAAGGAUGUUAACUGAUUUCUUCUGGGAGCAAAUGUUAGAUGAAGUUAUAGAGGAGUUAGCAACUUCUCAACCAGUUUCCGAGUACUGCACGGAGUAUGACGCUAAUUUCAUCAAGGAUAAUUUCGAACCACGCAAUUUGGAGAUAACAGCUGAUAAAAAUAUGCACCUAAAGUAUCCCUUAUACGGAACCGGAUCCAGUGCAAUAACAUUCUACAGUGAAACUAUAACAAAAUGUGGCCCUGGAGAGAUAUUGGAGAAAUUCAGGCGCUGUCAACAUUUCACGAAGCCAAUGGAAGAACGGUUAGAUAUUGGCUGGGUUUUGUGAAUAAUAAAACGAAGAAUAUUCAUAAAAUUAUAAAUAAAAUUACUGUAGCCAUAAA